CCAUUUCUCCCCUCUCUUUUUUGUUCGAAAUUCAACUUAAUCCUGCGAUCUUCUCCUUCUUCUUCACAUCCUCCUCAUUGGAGUUUACUACUAAGCUAGAAGAUAUCAGUUAACCGUCCGUCUCGUCGGGAAUGCAGUCGGCGUUCCGCCGCGGAUUCGCGCGUCUGAUCGAUUGCAAGGUUCGAGGCGUCGUCGGCGAAUUCAAACUCCUAGGCUCCUGGCUCAGGCUUCGAUCUCGAUUCCUUGUAGUGCGGGGAAGCAGUAUUUGCAGAGACGCCAUUGUUUUCGAUCAGCAAUUGCUUCAAGGAAAUAUACUAAGGGCAUUCCUUUAAUAUGAGAGGAAGUCUCAACAUGAAAAUCUGCUACAUUUACCACUGUCUUUGCUCCAUUUCCCUUAUAGCAACAUUUGUUGCGCAAGCUAUUGGCGAUUUAAGCUCGGAUGAACAAGCCCUUCUUGCAUUUACAAAUUCUGUACCCCAUGGCCGCAUGAUCAACUGGAAUCCAGCAAGCCCCAUGUGUUCAUCUUGGGUGGGCAUUAUCUGCAGCAAAGGUGUGGGUCCCCGCGUGGUUGCUGUUCGACUCCCGGGGUUUGGGCUCACUGGUCCCAUCCCUGAAAAGACACUUGGAAAACUAGACGCGUUGAUGGUUCUUAGUCUUCGUGCCAAUUUUCUAAAUGGAAGUCUUCCUUCUGACCUCGCUUCUCUUCCAUCUCUACAAUACCUUUUCCUUCAGAAUAACAACUUCUCCGGUCAUAUCCCCACCACGUUUUCCCAUCAACUAAACGUUUUGGAUCUUUCAAAUAAUUCCUUCAGUGGUGCUGUUCCUGCCGUGUUUCAGAAUUUGACUCAACUGAUAGGAUUGAACCUCCAAAAUAACUUCCUUUCUGGACCUGUACCCAAUCUCAUGCUCCCAAGACUUCAACAUUUGAAUUUGAGUAACAACCAACUUAAUGGUUCUAUCCCGCCAUCCCUUAAAAGCUUCCCCAAAUCUUCAUUUGAGGGCAACUCAUUGUUGUGUGGGUUACCUUUAAUGUCAUGUUCCCCUAUCCAACCCCCAUCCCAUGUACCCGAUGCUCUUUCUGCGAAAAACAAAAGCCACAAGAAGCUUAAAUCGGGGGUUAUAAUUGGCAUUGCAGCUAGUGGGGCUGUGUCACUCUCUAUAGUAGCUAUGUUCAUUUUCUUGUGCUGCCUGAAGAAAAAGGAGAGUGAUCCCAGAUGUGCUCCCAAAGGAAAGCCUCUAAACAGAGGAAGGAAUGAUAAACCAAGUGAAGAGUUCGGCAGCGGGGUACAGGAGGCUGAGAAAAACAAGUUGGUUUUCUUCGAAGGAUGCUCGUAUAACUUUGAUCUUGAGGACUUACUGAGGGCCUCUGCCGAGGUGAUGGGAAAGGGGAGUUUUGGUACGGCAUACAAGGCCAUUCUGGAGGAGUCAACAACAGUUGUAGUCAAGCGUCUGAAAGAUGUGAUAGUUGGGAAGAGGGAGUUCGAACAGCAGAUGGAAACCAUUGGUAGGGUUGGACAACAACACCCUAAUGUCACGCCUUUGCGUGCUUAUUAUUAUUCCAAGGACGAGAAGCUUUUAGUAUAUGAUUUUUUCUCAAGAGGCAGUUUGUCCACACUUCUCCAUGUAAACAAGGCAGUAGGAGGAACAUCUAUGGACUGGGAAACUAGAGUCAAGAUAGCCCUUGCUGCAGCAAAGGGGAUAUCCCAUAUCCACAACAUGGGUGGUGCCAAAUUCACCCAUGGAAACAUAAAGUCCUCAAACAUCCUUCUCAACCAAGAUUUUGAUGUUUGCGUCUCCGAUUUUGGCCUGGCCCCACUCAUGAGCUUCUCCGGAGCUCCAAAUCAGCCCGGGUACCGGGCCCCGGAGGUGAUCGAAUCACGUAAGCACACACACAAAUCAGACGUUUACAGCUUCGGUGUCCUGCUCCUGGAGAUGCUCACUGGGAAACUACCAAUCCAAUCGCCCGGGCGUGGGGACGACCUGGUUGAUCUCCCAAGGUGGGUCCAGUCAGUGGUCAGGGAAGAGUGGACAGCCGAGGUGUUUGAUGCCGAUUUGAUGAGGUUUCAGAGUGCAGAGGAAGAGAUGGUUCAGAUGCUGCAGAUUGCCAUGGCGUGCGUCGCGAGGGUUCCUGAGAUGAGGCCUAGCAUGGACGAAGUCGUCAGAAUGCUUGAAGAAGUUCAAAAUAAUGCGUACUCUGAAAACGCGAAGAAAUCAGACUCGAGGAAGGAUUCAGAUGUGACGGCGACAACGACAACCCCUUGAUUCCCCACCUCUCUAUUGCAAAAUCAUCUGCUUGGACUUCAGGUGGUGAAAGUGUGAUUAUGAUAAUGAUCAAAUUUCAACGUUAAAUAAAAACAAGUUUGUCAUUUGUGCUCUAUUUGGCCAUUACCUUUUUGAAGAUUUAAUGAUUGUUAGUGUGGUUGGAUGUCAAUGUUUUUAUAGCAAUAUUAGGCUAUGCUUGACCCCCAUGACUCGUUUUAAGAGAAAUCACAUUCUCUUUUAAGUUGGUGUACAUUGUUAUGUUA